AUGCCAGGCUCAUUGCCGCGGCGCACGCAUACACUCUCCCGCAAUACCAACGAGACCAAGAUCCGGGUCUCUAUUUCACUAGAUGGUGGCUCACUACUCGCCUAUGAACCGUCCCAGCAUUUUCCUUCUUCGAUUCCGACAGCUCAAAAACAAUCAUAUCCAGAUGUUCUCAUCCCGUUGCCGACCUCACACCAUGCAACACAAAUAACGCCUACCCAGCAGAUCGCCAUUUCCACCGGCAUUGGCUUCCUAGAUCACAUGCUUCAUGCCCUAGCAAAACAUGCUGGAUGGUCUCUGGGCGUCCAAGCCUCCGGGGAUCUGAUCAUUGACGACCAUCAUACAGCUGAAGAUGUCUUCCUGGCGAUCGGGUCUGCGUUCAAUGCGGCUUUGGGCAAGCGGGCUUCUCUCGUCCGCUUUGGCCGAGGCGAUGCCCCCCUUGACGAAGCCUUGUCGUGGGCUGUCAUUGACCUGUCUAAUCGACCCUACAGUGUCAUUGAUUUUGGCUUUACCCGAGAGAAAAUCGGCGAUCUAAGUACGGAGAUGCUGACGCAUGGGCUGGAGAGCUUUGCUCAGGCUGCAAGUGUGACUCUUCAUGUCAAGUGCGUGUAUGGGCACAACAACCACCACAGAGCGGAGAGCGCAUUCAAAGCCCUUGCGGUGGCAUGUAGGCAGGCGUGCGAGAGGAGGGUUGAAGGAACUGUCGGUAGUGGCGACGUAACGAGUACGAAAGGCGUCCUUGGUUCUAGCGUCAAUACCUGA